UAGCAAAAUAUGCAACUAACUAAUAUUUUCAAUUUCUUUCUUAUCACUCACUACCUCUCUCAUGAAAAUGAAACACUUGUACUUUAUUUUAAUAGCCAAAGGGCCCUUUGAUUGUUCUUUGCUCUCACACACCCCACCAACACUUUCAAUUUUGGCACUAUAGAUACCCCUCUCUUUUCAACUCACAAAUCCUUGAAACAAACAACAUAUGUACAAAUCCCUCAUGGACUCAAGUACCUCAACUCUCCUUCUUUGUCCCCCACUUGAACUCCUCAAAAAAAAUAGAGAUAAUAAUAGUAAUAGUAAUAAUAAUAAUAACAAUGGCGUUCUACUCUUCGACACGAACCUCCUCGAAAAACAACAAAAUCUCCCCACGCAAUUCCUUUGGCCUAACGAGGACUUAGCCUACGCAGCUCAAGACGAGCUCACCGAUCCACCGGUCGACUUGAACGGCUUCUUAAGCGGCGAUCAAGAAUCGACCGAUCGAGCCGCCGCCCAAAUUAGGGCGGCGUGCUUGAACCACGGUUUCUUCCAAGUCAUCAACCACGGUGUCGACGGAACUCUAGUUAGCGCGGUGCAUGACGAGAUGGACGCAUUUUUCAACCUCCCCUUGAGCAAGAAACUUAGUGUGAAGAGAAAACCAGGCUGUCUUUACGGCUAUUCGGGCGCCCACGCCGAUCGGUUUUCUUCCAAGCUCCCGUGGAAGGAGACGCUCUCCUUCACUUACGAGCACGCAAACGAACCGCAGCUUGAUGUCGUUAACUACAUCAAAUCUUCCCUAGGGCAAGAAUUUGAAGGAUCAGGGUAUGUUUAUCAGAAAUAUUGUGAAGCAAUGAAUAAUUUGUCACAAGUAAUAUUGGAACUCUUGGCGAUAAGCCUAGGCGUCGAACGGUUUUACUACUCCAAGUUUUUCGAAGACGGUAGAUCUGUAAUGAGGGGGAAUAACUACCCACCUUGUAGAAACGCGGGCCUCACCUUUGGCACCGGACCUCACUCCGACCCUAACUCGUUGACAAUACUCCAUCAAGAUCAAGUUGGAGGGCUCGAAAUCUUUUCGGACAACAAAUGGCGAGCAAUUAAACCUCGUCGCGACGCAUUUGUUGUCAACAUUGGAGACACAUUCAUGGCAUUAUCGAAUGGAAGGUAUAAGAGUUGCUUGCAUAGGGCAGUGGUGAACAAAGAGAGAGUCAGGAGAUCAAUUGUGUUUUUUGUGAACCCGAAAGACGACAAAAUAGUGAGGCCCCCACCACCACAAAAAAGAAAGGAUAUAAAUGUAAUUAUGAAGAAAGAAGAGGAAGAAGAAAGGGUGUAUCCAGAUUUCACAUGGUUGGAUUUGCAAGAAUUCACACAAAACCAUUACAGGGCAGACACCACUACCCUCCAAAACUUUGUCCACUGGCUUUCCUCCAACAAACAAACACAACCUUAAAAUAUUAAUUAUUAGUGUUUCUUGGUUUGUCUUUUUUCCUUUUUUCUUUUUUUUCUUUUUUUUU